ACGGUGUGUUGUGAGCAGCAUCAGCAUCAGGAUGGACAGCUAGCUGCUGGUUUCUGCUGAAAUAACAGCAUCUCUGUGAAUCUCGAUGACAGACCCACUAAGAUCCUAAUUGCAGAACACCUGGAAAAACAACUGACAAGGAGCAAGGAUGGACAACAUCUCUAUGAUGGACAGCAGCAGGAGCCCUGUGUUCCUCACUGCCUCCUCCUCCAACCACCUCCAGGCCUGUUUCAUGUCCAACAUUAUGAAGAAUGGAGUUGGAGAUGGCGGGACUUGUCUGUCUGCCCCUCCAGCAAAGCCCACAGUUGCAAUCUUAGGCUCAGGUGACUUCUCCAAAAGCCUGACUCUACGUCUGCUGCACUGCGGCUUCCAUGUGGUGGUGGGUAGCCGUCAACCCAAACUAGCAGCUCAGUCAUUUCCCCAUGUGGUGGAUGUGACACACCACGAAGACGCUGUGGGGAAGGCAAACAUUGUGUUCCUGGCGAUCCGCCGUGAACACUACUCUGUCGUCUGGGACCUCAAGCAUUUACUAGAAGGAAAGAUAGUGGUCGAUGUGAGUAACAACAGGAGGAUGAACCAGUACCCUGAGUCUAACGCGGAGUAUCUGGCUUCAUUGUUGCCAGACUCCACGGUGGUCAAAGGCUUCAAUGUCAUCUCAGCCUGGGCUAUGCAGCAGAGCUGCCUCAAAGAUGCUAGCACACAGGUUUUUAUCUGCAGCGACUCUGUGACGGCAAGACAGCAGAUUAUGGAACUAGCCCGCCAGCUCCACUUCCAACCAGUUGACAUGGGCACCCUGUCUUCUUCACGGAACAUCGAGGCCAUACCAGUACAGUUAUUUCCUAGUUGGAAGGGCCCUGUCCUCACUGCUGUAGCACUAUCUAUCUUCUUUUUUGCCUAUUCCUUUGUACGAGACAUCAUCCACCCCUAUGUGAAAUACAAACAGAGUGACUUCUAUAAGAUCCCCAUAGAGAUGGUGAACCGAACACUUCCCACAGUUGCCAUCACUCUCUUGGCUCUGGUGUACCUGGCGGGCCAGCUGGCAGCUGCCCACCAACUCUACUAUGGGACCAAGUACAGGCAUUUCCCACACUGGCUGGAAGGCUGGCUGCAAAGUCGGAAACAGCUGGGCCUCCUCAGCUUCUUUCUGGCUUCUGUUCAUGUUCUCUACAGCGUCUGUCUGCCCAUGAGGAGGUCUGAGAGGUACCUGCUGCUAAAUACUGCCUAUCAGCAGGUUCAUGCUAAUAUGGAAAACUCUUGGAAUGAGGAGGAGGUUUGGAGGGUAGAAAUGUACGUUUCCUUUGGGAUCAUGAGUCUUGGGCUCCUGUCACUUCUGGCUGUCACCUCCAUUCCCUCUGUCCACAGCACGCUCAACUGGAGGGAGUUUAGCUUCAUACAGUCCACUCUCGGCUACAUCGCCCUACUUAUCGCAACCCUUCAUGGCCUGCUGUUUGGCUGGAAGAGAGCUUUUGAGGAGGAGGCCUACCGUUUCUACCUGCCCCCCUGCUUUGUGGUGGCGCUGGCCCUGCCGGUCUGUGUCAUUCUGGGGAAGGUGUUGAUGCUGCUACCCUGCGUUGCCCGCAAACUCCACCAGAUCCGCCGAGGCAUGGACAGCAGUCAUUAUCGAUGCAAGACCCUGGAGUUGGGCUCAGCAAUUCAGAUUUCCCCUGAAAGGGUGACCAUCAUGUGAUUUUUGAUGCACAAGGGUGUCUGUUCCAGUAUUGGGAAUUGUAUGUACGCUGCCAUAGUUUGCUCUAAGGCAAAAAAAAAAGCAUAAUGUACUCAUAUGGUACCUGUGAAAAGGGCACAUUUUUUUGUCUUCUGAUCUGUGAAUUACAGAAACUUGUGUGAAUCCUUGUGCACCUGUUAGCAUAUAAAAAACAGUUUUAUGUUUUAUGUUGUUUUGUUUUAUUUGUUUAUCAUCAUUAGUUUUAUUUGAACAGGUUGUCCAUCCUGGUAAACAGUGUCUAUAAAAAGCAUUCCCCCCUUUG